AAGUUGUAAGCAGUUUUAAAAAGUAAUUUGCUUUGUUUACACCUGAUUAAUUUGAAAAUAUGAGCUCCCGUAGCCUACGACAGCGUCCACAGCGUAAAACAGACGAGUCUGUUGAUGAUGGUAUGGUGGAUACGGAAAAGACUAAGUGUAAAAAAGGCAGAAAGAAGUCGCUUUGGGGUCAUAAGUCCUGUCCGUACGAUGAAUAUGGCAAUAUAAGACACAACGGGCUGGAUGUUUGUGACUGCAUGAAUGAUAAAUGUGAUGGCUGCUGGUAUCCGUGUCGCAUUUGCGGCUCGACAAGAUGUGGACCUCAAUGCCGCGCAAGCCGAAAGUUCUACUACGAGAGCAUACAAUACGAUGGCAAGGAAUUAGUAAUAACAAAUCCACAGAUUCCCUACCUUAAGAACUAGUAAUUAUCUUAAUUACAUUACAAAUAUAAUAAUAAGCAAUG